ACAGGAAUGCACUGCGGUUUCUGUUUUGUAGCAUCCAGGGACCGCAUUUGUUGCCAAUAAAUUAACUUUGAACCCUGAAACGAGUCAGACAGUAUUUUUAACUAACUCAGGCUAUGGCUAGCUUAUUUAGCUAGCAUUAGGGCUUAUCAAGUUUGCCAGUGAGCGUUGUCAUGGGGAAGGGAAUGGGAAAGUCAAGGACUUUGAAUUACAAUGGUUAGCUACAUUUAUCAUUGUACCUGCAGUUUUUCUCCAUUGUAUACAUACAAAAAAAUUAAACAACUGAAUUCUAAAAUGCUUUAUUGUUUUUAUUCAAAUAGAAAUUCUAUAUCAACCAAGACUGAAAACUUUAUUUUAAGGAUUGACACACGAAGUAAGCGUGCAGGUAACAGCUAGCUUGAAUAUCUGGUUAAAAAAUAAAAAUGGAUUAUGAUUCCACUACAAAAAUGGAAGAUUCAAGGACUCUGCGUCGAAUCAAAACCUCAGAAGAAGAGGUGAAAGCAGAGCAUGGUGCAGCGAAGCCAUUGAUCAAGCCAGGACUACCUAUGGAGAAAAAAGUUGAACAAGAAAAGCGGAGGAGACAUGUCCUGAUCAAUGAGCACAACAGGCUGUUGUUUGCUGUAAAGGAAAAAGAGACCAAGCUGAAAGAGCUGCAGGAGUCAAUGAAAUUAAAGAACCUUGAACUGACAAAUUGCAACAGUGAAGACACAUGUAAGCAGCGUAUACGCCAGCUGGAGAACAACUUGGACAAGAUGAAGAUGAAGACCUCGGAGGCUAGAGAAAUCCAAAAGGCCUAUCAACACAUCCUUGUGCACCUGCAGCAGGAGGUGUGUGGGGUGUAUAAGCUGCUGGAGCAGAAGCAGCAUGCGGUGGCCGUUGGCCAGGCCGAGGUGGAGCAAGCAGCCCGACACUUCCAGUCAGCCGCCACGGCUGCAGACUGCACUCUGGGCAUGAUGGUUCAGAUGGAGUAUGAGACAGCGGAAAUGAAAAGAGAAAUGGAUAUCGAGCUGUGUGAACUGAGUGCAGAAGAAAAGGAGCUGACAAGGCAAAUAGAAACCCUGGGUCUCCUGAGCCCCGCAGUGGCCAGCAAGCUCAAAGAGCAGGAAAUUGAAGAAGAAGCACUCUCAAGUCCUGUCACAGAGCAUCCUGGUUUUGACAUCUACGGAGCAUCACAGCUUGAAAAGGAGCUGGUGGAGGAGAUGGAGGCCCUGAGGGAGGCGCUGGGCUGCGCCGACGUGCAGGAACUAGUUAACAAGUUGGAGUCCCAGCGAGCCAUCAGGCAGCAACUCCUCACCGACGUCAGCCUAAACGAGGAGCUGGCCCAGCAGGAGGCCCACGCCCUGGCCCAUCUGGAGCUCCAGUACACCCAGCUCAGGUUCAGUGCCCAACCUGCAGCCACAAGGUUGGAUGAGCAGAAAGGAGCGAUGCUGGCGAAGCUGAACGAGGAAAUGCUCCGUGUUGAAUGCUUGCGGGCUUGGCUGAAGCAGUACCAGGACACGAUGGACGCUAUUGAGUGUGGGGUCAACAACCUCUACUUCAGGAUGAGCUGCGUUGCCGUGGAGGGCUUGCCCACAGCUUCCUGUACUGAGAGCAUGGACAAACUGAGGGACAUCAGCGCCCGUCUUCCAACACUACUGCACAGAGCAUCCAAGCACCAGCCUGAGAUCAGCGACCUGGACCAAGAGAGGGUUUACAGCAUGCUGGAACAGCUCAACGGGAUGGAGUCGAGGAACAUCAAGACACCAAGCACCUCGAUAAACGCUCUCCAGCUUAGUGAUGAUGAGGAGGAGGAUGAGGAUGAGGAAGAGUGCUGUCCGUCCCGCGAGGAGAUCAAGAGCUGCAGCAGCAGACUGAUCGAAGCCGAGCAGAACAAGAAGUUGUCGAGGAGAGCCAAGACGAAGGAGUAGAGACACUGAUGGACAGCAGGAGUGAGUGACUGUCGCUGAUCCACACACAUUCCUUUUCUUUCUUCAUUAAAAUGUGAAAGUGUUUCACAUUUA